UUGCAAUUGAUUGCCAGACGGUACUGAUCUCUCAGGUUUUGGUGGCUUCUUUCAGGCUAGCAUAUCCAAGCAAAUACUGCCAGACGCACUCUAGCAGAUAUGGCCGAUCCUAUCGCCCCUUGGAGAACCGCGGCACAGGGCCAUUUGACCGCCGAUGCUAAUGGAGAUCCCAAAACAGACUACUCAAGGUGGAGAUUGUUGGACGAUGAUGGUCGUCACACCUGGCAUUACCUCGAAUCCGAUGAAGAGAAUGCAAAAUGGCCUCAAUCCGUAGCUGACAAGUACUUCUUGGGACUCCCUACGGGACUUCCCAAGCUGCCACCUGCAAAGACGCCACUACAAUGUGCAGAGAAUGGUUUGGAAUUCUUCUCUAAACUACAAUUACCCCCAGGCAAUUGGGCCUGUGAGUAUGGUGGGCCGAUGUUCCUGUUACCAGGACUCCUCAUCACCUACUAUGUAACCAACACUCCAAUCCCUCCGGAGUAUGCUACUGAGAUCAAAAGGUAUCUUUUCGCUCGUCAGCAUCCCGAAGAUGGAGGCUGGGGUCUCCACAUCGAGGCCCAUAGCUCCGUGUUUGGUACCUGUAUGAAUUAUGUCGCGCUGCGCUUAAUUGGUGUCAGUGAGGACGACCAUCGAAUGAUCAAGGCCCGUGGGCUACUACAUAAAUUUGGCGGUGCCAUUUAUGGACCACAUUGGGCAAAAUUUUGGCUUAGCAUUCUUGGAGUCAUGGAUUGGGACUGCGUCAACCCCGUUCCUCCCGAAAUCUGGCUCCUUCCGGACUGGGUACCAUUUGCCCCAUGGCGGUGGUGGAUUCAUAUUCGCCAGGUCUUUUUGCCCAUGUCUUUCUUGUGGUCUAAGAAAUUCACUCAUCCACUGGAUCCGCUUACCAAGCAGCUUCGAAGCGAGCUGUAUACCGAGCCGUACGACUCAAUUAACUUCGCAAAGCACCGUAAUUCGAUUCACAAGGCUGACAAUUACUAUCCGAAGACGUGGCUCUUGAAUACGAUCAACUCACUUUUGGUCAAUGUCUGGAAUCCCUACCUGCGGUUCCCCGCACUCGUGCGCCGUGCUGAAGAAUGGACCUGGGAGUUGAUUCGCAUGGAAGACGAAAAUACUGACUACGCAGGGCUUGGUCCUGUGAGCAACCCAAUGAACAUGGUUGCUUGUUAUCUCCAUGACGGUCCUGAUAGCUAUUCGGUCCGUCGUCAUCGAGAGCGUCUAAAUGAUUAUAUGUGGGUGAAGAAUGAAGGGAUGUUGAUGAACGGCACCAAUGGUGUUCAGGCGUGGGAUACAUCCUUCAUCACGCAAGCCAUCGUCGUUGCAGGCUUUGCGGAUGAUCCUAAAUGGCGACCCAUGCUCACAAAAGCCUGGAAUUCCUUGAUGAUCACCAGCUGCGGGAGAAUGUACCUGACCAGGAGAAGUGCUACCGUCAGCACCGGAAGGGUGCAUGGCCCUUCAGCAACAAAACUCAGGGCUACACAGUCAGCGACUGCACAGCCGAGGGCUUGCGGUCUACGCUUAAAGGAUAGUGUUGACUGCUUGCUGCUCAUGCAAAAUCCUUCUGGCGGUUUUACAGAGUAUGAGAACACCCGUGCAUCGCCCAAGGUGGAGUGGCUGAAUGCCGCUGAAGUUUUCGGUGGGAUUAUGAUUGGUUACGACUAUCCCGAAUGUACCACUGCCUCCGUCACUGCGCUGUCUCUGUUCAGCAAGUUUUAUCCCGAUUACCGAUCCGACGAGAUUCUGGCGGCAAAAGAAAAAGCAGUCAAAUACAUCAAACGCGUGCAGAGAUCGGAUGGAAGCUGGUAUGGAUCUUGGGGCAUCUGCUUCACCUACGCUGCCAUGUUUGCCUUGGAAAGUCUCGCGAGUAUUGGAGAGACCUAUGAAAAUAGCGAUUAUUCCCGUCGAGGUUGCGAGUUCCUCAUUUCCAAGCAAAAGGAAGAUGGAGGUUGGGGUGAAUCUUACCUCAGCAGUGAGCGACAUGUGUACACCCAACAUGAGAAAUCCCAAGUAUGUCAGACUGCUUGGGCAUGUCUUGCCCUGAUGGAGGCAGGCUACCCGCACAAGGAGCCGCUUCGCAAGGCCAUGAAACUUAUGAUGUCCCGUCAGCAACCCAAUGGGGAGUGGCUGCAGGAAGCUAUCGAGGGUGUUUUCAACCAAUCUUGUAUGAUUUCAUACCCUAACUAUAAGUUCUAUUGGCCUAUUCGCGCUUUGGGACUAUACAGCAGGAAAUUUGGCAACGAGGAGCUCCUGUAG